AUUAGUUUUUAUAUAAUGUCAUCUCUUUUACAGGUAAUACAAAACUACAGUUCCAAAGCCAAUACUAAAAUUAACAGCCAUAUUAUUGCUGCAAUUAUUCCUAACAUUCAAAUAACCAACCUGGAGCAACCAGUUACCCUAUCAUUCCAUUUAAUAGACCAGAAUGCUAACAACCCACAAUGUGUUUAUUGGGAUGAAUCUCCUGGACAGAGUCCCCAUUGGUCAACCAAAGGCUGUAGUGUAUCUAACUAUGUACCCGGAGAGAAAGCACUUUGUUCUUGUGACCAUCUUACAAGUUUUGCCCUAUUAAUGGAUGUCAACCAGGAAAUUAGUCACCUCUUAUAUAUAACCUCUUACAUUGGCUGCGGAAUAUCAUUAGCCUGUCUCAUAUUCACAGUAAUAUUUUAUCUUUGUUCCAAAAAUCUAAGGAAAUUAAUGUUUUCAAAGGUUUUAGUAAGCUUGUGCAUUUCUUUGGCUAUCGCUAAUUUAAUCUUCCUUGUUGGGAUGCACCCAUAUGCCUUUAAAAUAACAGCUGCUUGUAAGGUAAGUGAAAACACAUUUUAACCAGUACGAAUUUUG